AUUUAAAAAAAUUUAUGGUUCCUUAAAUAAAAUUUAAUUUAAUAUAGAAAAAAAGGUAUUUCCAUUCUAAGAUGGAUCAUCAACCAGAAUGGGGGAGAAAGUUGUCAAAAUGCUGUUUAAUACCACAGCGUAUAAUUUUGGCCUUCAUGUGUUUCUGGGCGAUUGUGAUCUGCUAUGCCACACGCGUGUGUCUUUCUCAUGUUGUAACUGUCAUUGUUGUAAAGCAGAAUGUCACAGAUAAAGACACUGUGUGCCCCAGAGAGGAUACCAAUGACGACUCUCAUGAUAAAGAUGCCGUCUAUGAGUGGUCAUCGAACGUGGUGGGUCUUCUACUGGGCGUAUUCUUUGGUACCUAUGUCCUGCUUCACAUACCAGGCGGCUUAUUGUCAGAUAAAUAUGGCGGAAAAUGGGUGCUCUUCAUUUCCAUGGUUGUUGGCGCUAUAUCUGUAAUGUUGUCGCCUAUCAGCAUUACUAUGGUCGAUAAGGACGAACUGCCAUGGGCCCUUGUGGUAAUGCGCACAUUUUUGGGCGCUUCACAAGGUCCACUUUACCCCGCUGUUAGCAGUAUAUUGUCAAGUUGGGUGCCAGCUAAAGAGCGAGGUAAAUUAGCUGCUGUUACAUUGGGCGCUGGUGCAUUUGGCAGCAUUUUAUCAAAUAGUUUAUCCGGCGUUUUACUUGACAAGUUUGAUUGGCCGUAUACAUUUUAUUGCUUCGGCAUGUUGAACUUAAUAUGGUGCAUACCAUUCGGCUUUAUGUGCUUCAAUUAUCCUGCCACACAUCCAUACUUGAGUGAAAAGGAAUACAACUAUUUGAAGGGAGAGAUGGAUACAUUGGAACGCAAAAUUAAGCCAAUGCCACCUUGGUGUGCCAUUUUUAAAAGUCCGGCUGUGUGGGUAAUGAUUAUAGCGCAAGUUGGACACGAUUGGGGUCUCUUUGUCAUAUUGAUAGAUCUGCCAUUAUAUUUUUCGAAUGUUAUUGGUAUUCCCAUAAUGAAAAAUGGCUUCUAUUCGGCAUUGCCCUUUCUGGCGCUUUGGAUAUCUACCAUCAUCUGUGGCUUUCUUGCUGAUAUUAUAAUCAAAAAAGAAUGGCUCAAAAUAAAUACUCAGCGCAUAGUGUUUACUGUUAUCUCGUCUUGGGCGCCAGGUCUGCUUAUGGUAGCAGCUUCCUAUGCCAAAUGCAAUAUUUGGCUAACCGUCUUACUAUUUACCAUUUGCCUUGCCACAAUGGGUCCUUAUUACAGCGGACUGAAGUUAACUCCCUUGGAUUUGAGUCCUAAUUAUGCUGGCACGCUAACGGCCAUUACCAAUGGUAUUGGCUCUAUUACUGGCUACUUGGCUCCCCAGGCCGUUGGUAUUAUUGCCAAGGAUUCCACCUUAGCUCAAUGGCGCAUAGUAUUCUGGUUGUCGUUUGGUAUUCUUUUUGUUACAGCCAUUCCCUUCAUCUUCUGGGGCACAGGCGAGAAACAAGACUUUGAUAGCGUGGGAGAUGCUAAGAAAGAAGACAAGCCCAAAGAAGAAAAGCCCAAGACUGGUUAAAAGGCUUAAAUGUCUUUAUAUAAUAUUCAGGCAUAGUUUAACAUGUUUUGUGGUUAAAACAUAUUGGAGCAAUUGUAAUUGUUUAAAUCAAAUAAGUAAUGUAAGAUAGAUACGUAAAUGUAAUAUUGUAAGAUAUACAUAAAAGUUAUGAAAUCUAUUAAAAACGCAGACGACAAUGCUAGACCCUGCAGAAAAUUUCCAAAUAAAAUAAAUUGUAUA